UCAAGCUAUAAGCAUGGAGGUUAAUAGAUAUCUUGUAGCUCUGACUUUGGUAGUUUUAGCCCAAGGAGCAAGUUUGGGUCAGGACGAAAAGCUGCGCUAUGAUAAUUACUCGGUCUACAAGGUCAAGUAUGAAACUCCAGAACAAAGAAAUCUUCUGACAAAGUUCGCAGAGGAUCGGGAAAAUUUUAGAUUAUGGAGCGAAGCCAAAAAUGAGUUGCACUUGAUGAUAAGUCCCGGCGCUCUUAGUAAACUCGAAAGCGAAAUUCAAAAGAUCAACGUCACUGCGGAGGUUUUUAUUGGUAACGUUCAGAGCCUCAUCGAUUUAGAGGAAGAAGCCAAUCUUAAGCUCAGCAGUGAUGGUUCCUUUGGUUGGAAAAAAUACAAUACUCUGGCGGAAAUUUAUGAAUGGCUGGAUGGAAUACUCGUAGCUUAUCCCGUAAUCACUGAGAGUUUUAUCUUGGGUCAAUCGUACGAAGGUCGCACCAUUCGUGGCAUUAAGAUCUCCUACAAGUCGAAUAAUCCUGGAGUGUUAAUUGAGUCCAAUAUUCAUGCUAGGGAGUGGAUCACUUCCGCCACAGCCACUUGGUUGAUAAAUGAGUUUCUAACCUCCCAGGAUGAGGGAGUGAGGAAUCUUGCCGAAAAUCACGAUUGGUACAUAGUGCCCGUACUCAAUGUUGACGGUUUUGUUUAUACCCAUGAGAAGGACCGUAUGUGGCGCAAGACCCGUCAACCCUCCGAUAUUUCCUCCUGCAUUGGAGUGGACCCGAACCGAAACUACGACUCUUAUUGGAUGGAAUACAAUGGAGCUUCUUCGAACCCCUGUUCCGAGACUUACGGAGGGCCGAAUGCCCUUUCAGAGCCGGAAGUUAAGGCCAUGUCGGAUUAUAUAAGCAGCAACAAGGACAAAUUCAACGUGAUGUUGGCCUUCCACUCGUACAGUCAGUUCCUGCUUUCUCCGUAUGGACACACCAGCGAAGAGUUUCCACCCAACUAUGACGACAUGAUGGCUGCUUCCAAAGCAUUUGCCGAUGCGGUGGAGAGUCUGCCAUAUGGAACUGUCUACGAAUACGGAUCAGUUGCGGAAAUGCUCUAUGCCGCUACUGGAGCCACCAAUGAUUGGGCGUACGAACAAGGAAUUGAGAUGUCCUUUACCAUUGAGUUUAGGGACACUGGCCGAUAUGGGUUCAUCCUGCCGCCCGUUCAAAUCAUUCCCAAUGCGGAGGAGGCUUUGGUGGGUAUUGCAGCCCUUUUAGAUAAGUGUGAGGAGUUGGGUUAUCUUGAGCUCAAGACCACACAGUAAGUGCUGGGAAAUUCAGUGUGCAAUUAGUCAAUAAAAGUUUGCUGCAGAUAAACAUUA